GCAGUGGCACAGUAGCAAUCGGACAGUAGCAAUCGCACAGUGAUUAUAGGACGUUCAUUCAGUGAAAAAGUGCGCUAAUUUUGUGCGCAUUAGUUUAAAAAAAUAUAUUUCGAAGCAUUUGGCUUUUUUGUGCUAGCAAAACUCAGCUCCUUGUUCAACAAUCAUAAUAUUGUUUAAAUAAAAAUAAACUCGUUCAUAAUUGUUACUGGUAGUAUUUCAAAGUGAGUUGACUGCUGUGGGGUAUUUAUGUACGAAUGUAAAUAAUUUCAAUGCGGCUUAUGCAUAUAGUAUAGUCAAAACCUGAAUCGUAGAAGUGCGAUGUGUUCAAUAUUAUGAGCUCUUGAUUGCAAUCGCUAGGAGAAUCUUUUGAAAGUCACCAUGAACGUAAAUAUGGGCAUAUCACCUGGAAAUGUUGUGAUGUUCCCGUCAUUGGGAGAUGACGAUUUAAUGCCGUUAUAUACAAGUUCAAAAUUAUCUGAGGGCACCGCACAAUUGCGUGCAUCACUUUUGGCAUUUCAAAACGAACAAAUCAUCACUAAUAAUAAUUUUAUUAAUGACUACCAAGGCGGUUUGGAACCAAUGGAUAUUCCUUCAGCGGAUACAUUGUCAUUAACCGAACGCAAAAACGGUUUAAUUGUGAACGUGGGUAACCUGCUUAGAGAAUAUGUACUUUCGGCAACUGUGCGCUGGUUGAUCGGUGAUAUAUUGGGCAUAUACUUGAGCAAACCAGUUGUAAAUGUGAAAUACUCUCAGUACAGAAAUCUUAUAAUCAACGACAUCAAACGCUCCGAGAGAAAGGGUUCCGAAAUUGUUACAGACGGCAAAUACGCUUUGCUCUUUUACACAACCACUGUAUAUAAGGGAUAUGCGAUUAAUUGCUGGGCAAUUAGUCUACCGUUAGUUGUGGUGGUGCACGAUAUUCAAGCGCCACAGGCCUGGGCCACGAUUAUUUGGGAUAACGCGUUUUCCGUAAUCGAACGUGAACCAUUCAAAGUGCCAGAGUUUGUACCUUGUACAAAACUGUUGGAAAUAUUAAAUAUGCAAUUCGCCUACUAUACAGGUCGUCCAUUGACUGCAGAAAAUUUGGAAGUUCUUCGUAGAAAACUUGCAACGACGGAAGCUGGUCAGCCUAACGAGUGUAUAAGUUAUUCGCAAUUCUGUAAAGAUAAGUUGCCUGAAUGUAACUUUACGUUUUGGGAUUGGUUCUAUGGCAUAAUGAAAUUAACAAAGAUGUAUUUCCCGCAAAUAUGGAAGGAUGGGCAUAUUCUCGGAUUCAUAAGUAAGCCGGAAACCAAGGAAAUAUUAACUCAUGAAGCCAUGGGAACUUUCUUACUUCGCUUCUCGGAUAGUACGAAAGGUGCUAUAACUAUUGCCUAUCGUGAUUAUUGUGGAAACAUAUUAUUUUUGGCGCCGUGGACUUGCGUUGACUUGCAAAUACGUUCUCUGGCUGCUAAGAUACGAGAUUUGAAUGUUUUGAAGGCCGUAUAUCCAACGAUGGUGCUCAGCAAUGUUGCUUUCUCUAGUUCACCCACAACGCAAAAUGUUACAGCCACAUCUAAGGAUGGUUAUGUAGGCAAUGAAUUAAUAACGCAAAUUACCACCCCUCACUCUUCUAAUGACCAGCAAACUUCGCCACAACAUUCUGAAGUAACUGUUGCUAUGCCCUGUUUCCCAACCGCACAAUCUGAAAUAGUCAAUAGUUUCAAUCACAUUACAUGGCAGGACUUGGAUAUCGCAGAAUCAACAGCAUCGGCAGAUGAGUUUUCUUUAAGCCAACUUAUGUCCUCUGGAUCAUCAAUGAUUGGAGUUUAAACUGCAAAUAAGGAUUUUCAUAUCUAUAUGUAAAUAUACAAGUAUAUAUAUAUAUAUCUUUAUAUUAAUAGUAAUUUAUAUAUAUAUAUAUAUAU